AUGAUUAGCAGAGCCACUGCAUCAAGGGACAGGAACUUCUUCCUCAGCCUAAUUAACAAGGCCAAAACGCUCUCGCACCUCAACCAAACCCACGCCCAAAUAAUCCACCACAACAAUCUUUUCGAUGACAACAUUACAAUAACAAAACUCGUACAGAAGCUCCUUGACCUCAAAGCCACGGCCCAAGCUAAGCUCCUAUUUACGCACACCAAAUCACCUGAUCUCUUCCUCUACAAUGCGAUAAUUUCUGGGUUUGGCUCGGAAUUGUUUGUGGGAUCGGCUUUGGUGGACAUGUAUAUGAAUUCUUCGCGGAUUGUAAAUGCAUAUAAGGUGUUUGGUGGAAUAUCUGAGCCAGAUACGGUUCUUUGGAACACGGUGAUAUCUGGGUUGGUGAAAAAUUGUUGCUAUGAUGAGGCCAUUCGGGUUUUCCUUAACAUGGUUAAGAGGACAAUGCGGUUUGAUUCUACUACAUUAGCUGUGGUACUUUCAGCUAUAGCUGAGUUGCAGGGGAUGAUUUUUGGAUUGAUGGUUCAGUCUUUGGCUAUAAAGGUUGGCUGCCAUUUUCACGAGCAUGUGCUUACAUGUUUGAUUUCUUUGUAUUCAAAAUGUGGGGACACUUCGACUGCUCGGGUUUUCUUUGUGUUAAUUGGGAAGCCGGAUUUGAUUGCCUACAAUGCAAUGAUUUCUGGUUAUUCUUGUAAUAAUAAAACUGAGUUAUCAGUCCAGCUAUUCAAAGAAUUGCUUUUUUCAGGGGAGAGAGUUAACUCAAGUACUAUGGUUGCUUUAAUCCCAGUGUUCCAUCCGUUUGGUCACUUGGAUCUUACGAGUUUAAUUCAUGGUUUUUGUGUAAAAUGUACUGUCUCAUUGAAGAUGGAGAUUGCUUGA